GCUCUAUUUCCUCACUUACUACCAUCAAAUCCCUCGCCACGAUCUCAACGAACCAUUUCAUAUUUUUUGAAGUACAAAAUUUACUAAAAUGGUGGCGCUUUCUGCAGAGGAAAACACAACGAAGGCAAAGAAAUUAAGUCCAAAAACAGGUAAAAAAAUCGAGAGAAGAGUGAGUGCAAGGAUACAGGCACGAACAGCCGAGAAAAAAGAGUUGGUCACCAAGCGAAACCCGCCCAGAAAACGUCAUGCACCAUGUACCAAGAAAAGAAAAAGAACAGUAAAACGUUCGAAAUCGCUGGAAGCUGUAAUAGAAUCUGAGAAAGAAUCAUCAGAUGGCCAAUCGUCUCAAAUAUUCUGCGAAAUUUGUGCGGAAAGAAAAGAAUUUAUCGACAUGUUUGCGACAGAGAGCUGUGUCCAUAAUUCUUUCUGUUCAGAUUGUAUAAGCAAACACGUUUCCACAAAGAUUCAAGAAAGCAUCACUCGCGUUACUUGCCCUGGAAUUAACUGCAGCUCAGUUCUUGAACUCGAUAUUUGCAGAACCAAGCUAUCGAAACGAGUGGUUGAUCGUUGGGAGGAGGCGCUUUCCGUAGAGAUGAUAAACCAAUUGCAGAAAAUUUACUGCCCGUUUAAGGAUUGUUCUGCUUUGUUAGUGAAGGAUAAUAAAGAAGGUGAAAAGGUGACGAGGGAAUGCGAAUGCCCGUUCUGCCAUAGAUUGUUUUGUGCUGAGUGUAAUGUUCCGUGGCAUUCGGGUGUUGAGUGUGGAGUGUUUCAGAAGUUGAAUAAGGAUGAGAGGGGAAAGGAUGAUUUGAUGUUGAUGGAGCUUGCUAAGCAGAAGAAAUGGAGUAGAUGUCCCAAGUGUAGAUUCUAUGUCGAAAGAAUACAUGGAUGCCCACAUAUGAUUUGCAGGUGUAGAUUUGAGUUUUGUUAUGGAUGCGGGUUGCAGUGGAAUGCUAAUCAUGGUGGCUGCGCCAGAAUUUAAACAUGUUCAGAAGCUCCUUUUUAUCUGUUAUGAAUUUUUGUCAUAGUUAUAAACAAUUUGCUUUUCAUAGACUUAACCCAUCACAAGGAGAAAUCUUAAAUGCUACAUUUUUAAUGGAUAGUUCAGGAUCCUAGGUGGUGAACUUGGUUCACACAAGAAUAUCUCCAUCACAAGGCCCGCAUACUUUCAACAUUUUUUGUCUAUCCGAUACAUCUUGAAAGUUUGUUAUUUAGUAGGUCCUUGUGCUAUUUGUUAUCUUUGUUUAAUAGGCCCUUUAUGGACGGAAGUUGUGAACGUGUGGCUCAGAUGCCAUUAAGUGAUUAACGAUUUUCA